UGUGAGAUCAAAACACAUUGCUUCGAUAGAAUUCGAUAUCCCCGAUACCUUCCACUGCGUCUAUCGCCUGUCCCAGCCAAUCAAUCUCCCCGUUGUCUCCCAUCCAGAGCGAUCGCCGAUUGCAGGCACUAGCCAGGAGUCAGUCAGGACAGGAAGCCAAGACAACCCUCGUUAUUAUUGCUUUCUUGCGGCUUGAUCCAUCUUUUCUGACUGGUACCUUACCUUACCCUACCUGGAUUACGUGCGGGAAGCCUAUCAGCCCUGACGUGCGAGAUCAUUCUCUCGCGCAGAGAUUUUCUUCUUUUCUUUCCCCUCUUUCAUUGUCCCCUUUUUCCGCGGCGCCUAGAGAUACAUAAAGAGAUCCCGCGAAUCGAUAAGGUAGCAAAACCACCAACUGCCAGGCGUCGCAACAAAUUAUUCGAGAGCCACAACAAUGAGCGAAGAAGUCAGUCACGGCCGUGGAGGAGCCGGGAACAUUAGCGUUGAUAACACACCGUACGGCGACGGCGAGGUUGUGCGCGAGGGAGUCGUCGGCGACCAUGGCGAUGGAGCCUUCAGCACUGGUCGCGGCGGGGUAGCCAACAUCGGGUCCCCCCACGUCAAAGCGACGGAGCGCAAAGACGAAAUCGCGAUCCCCGAGGUUGCGCUGCGACCUAGCAUGGAGGGCGAGAACUUCCACACCGGAAGAGGCGGAGAGGGGAAUGUGCAUAUUGGGUCGGAGCAAACGCGAAAGCACCCGGAAGGCCUGGCGGAUAAGCUGAAGAAGAUGCUGUUCAGGAAGAAGUCGUCCUCGUAGGAG